CAUCUUCUCUCAAAACAUGUGGAGUAUCCUGCUGCUGCUGCACGUGUCGCUGGCCGCGGCGGCGCACUUCACGUCUCACAUCCGCGUCAACACCCCGGCCGGGAGCUACUCGCACGGCGUGGGACACCCCGUGGGGCUCGCCCGACGGAGGAACACGCCACGGAGCUUCGGCAGAAGUAGGAAUUUACGAUAUCCCGCUUCGAUGAGCCAUAGCGGGUACCCGAGGGUGAGGCCCGCAAUACCAUUCACUGAGGAGGAAGCACAGAGAGGGAAUUCUAUAAGUGUGUUGCCGUGGCAGUAUCACAAUUAUCAUGAGGUGCCCAUCCCACUUCUGCCGGCGUCUCCCUACAAGGUGGACUCUCCGGACCCCGAGUCGCUGUGGCCCGAGGGCCUAUUCCUGCCGCCGCUAGCGCCGCCCACAUUCGGGCCCCAGCAGUACCACGGCCGACGCGCUGAUGAUAGCCUCGGGAAUACCGUCACAGGUAUAGCCGACGGCCAUUUGGAAGACAAAGAGAUCAUAGACCCGUAUCUUCUGGAAGGGUCGGAGGCCAUCGCCGCCGUGCAGAAGGCGAAGCUUCACGGAGAGUUCUACUUCCACGACAUCCCACACAUCGAGUCACUGCUGGCCAAUCAGGAGCUUCGAUCCCUCAACAACCUCAAACCACACCGGAUAGCCAGCAUACGACACACCUGGCCGUACAACAGACCUUAG